AUGCGGCCUUCACUAGCCUUGACGAGUCUCAGCCUAGUUCCUUAUCUCUUCUCCAACGUCGGCGAGGCUAGGAUAUCCCCGAAGUCUCCACAUCCACCCUCCAUUGACCGGGCACAAGUAGUAUCCAGGUUCAAUCCUCGCCGCAAUGCCAGCUCGACGAGCACCCCAAUGCAGGUGGGAAAUGGGGACUUUGCAUUCGGAACAGAUAUUACAGGGCUACAGACCUUUCUGCCAUACGGCAUUCUUUCUUCCUGGGGAUGGCACAAUUCGUCACUGCCUGCGAACUCCACUCCAUCAGAUUUCACGGGAUUGGACUGGUGGACGCAUGACCGACUAGUGAAUUAUGAUAUGCCCAACCCUGCAGAACCAGAGAUUUCUCAGUGGUUGAUUGCCAAUCCACAUCGUAUCAACCUGGGUCGUAUCGGAUUGGCUUUCGGCGGAGAUUACAGCAAUUACACUGAAGAAGACCUGCAGAAUAAGUCGCAAAAACUGGAUGUUUACCAGGGUAUUCUGCAGUCUAAUUUUACUAUCGAUGGCCAUCUGACCACCAUUACCACCAUUGUCGACCCCAGCUCGGACACGAUAGCAGUGCGCUUGCAAUCCGAACUGUUAUUGCUAGGCCUUUUAGGAGUCUUCUUUGACUAUCCGUAUGCUACGGACGAGAAUAAAUUCGAAGCACCAUUUGUUGGGGAUUGGAACGCUGUCUCAAAUCAUACAACGGUCCUGCACUAUACAGGAAAUGGUAACCAGGCCCGGGUGCAGCACACCCUCGACAACACCACCUACUACACUACAUUGCAGUGGAGUGGUAGUAAUGUGUCUGUUUCCAGAGUUCCCAAUUCUCAUCGAUAUGUCGUGCAGCCGAACGGUAACCAUACGAGAGCGUUUGAAUUCACAACAACAUUCUCUCCAAAUGAUGAUUUCCCGUCCUCUUCGCUAUCUUUUGAUGCCAUCAUUGCACGAUGUCAGCAAUGGUGGACAACCUACUGGAAAACGGGCGCCUUCGUAGAUCUGACGGAAACUGCGAAUGCAACAGCAGAUGAAAUCCAACGACGCGUGAUCCUGUCCCAAUACCUGCUAGCAGUCAACGAGGCCGGACAUGAUCCACCGCAAGAAUCAGGUCUGGUAAAUAACGGGUGGUAUGGCAAGUUCCAUAUGGAAAUGUAUCUAUGGCAUUCCGCUCACUGGACUCCCUGGGGAAAACUCCCUUUACUGGAACGGAGCAUCGGUGUCUACAAUCGGUUCCUUCCCUCGUCGAUGCAAAGGGCAGCUGACCAGGGAUAUAGCGGCUUGAGAUGGGGCAAGAUGAGCGACCCAAGCGGGAGAUCUGCGCCGGGCGAGAUCAACGCCCUGCUUAUAUGGCAGCAACCCCACGUGUUUUACUUCGCAGAGACGGAGUAUCAGUUCGCUCGAAAUGCUGGAGGAAACACGGAAGAUGUCCUAGCGAAAUGGGACGACAUACUGACAGAGUCGGCAGACUUCAUGGCAUCCUAUGCCUUCUGGAACGCCUCAACAAGCGUAUAUGAUCUCGGCCCUCCAAUGUACCCCGUCUCAGAGAAUACACCACCCAACAGCACUCGAAACCCCACCUUCGAGUUGGCAUAUUGGCACUUCGGUCUCGAUGUAGCCAUAUCCUGGAAAGCCCGACGUGGCCAGCAAGCUCCGCAGGAAUGGAAACACGUCAAAGACAACCUUGCACCACUAUCAACCGUCUAUACUGUAGACGAAACGACGGGCGACCAAGUGCUCACAUACACACUCUACGAAGGCAUCCCACAUAUGUGGACAGACCCUGAUACCGUAACCGACCACCCGGCACUCACUGGCAUCUACGGUCUCCUGCCCCCAACCGCAGCGAUCAACCAAACACUCGCAUCGGCGACCGCAGCCCAAGUCGCCAGUGAUUGGAACUUCACGACCUGCUGGGGCUGGGACUUCCCCAUGCUGGCGAUGAACGCGGCACGGCUGGGAGACGUAGACGGCGCGGUGCAGUAUCUGGUGCAUUCGAAUUUCCAAUUUGACGACGUGGGUAUGCCGGUGGGGACCAAGGCACCAACCCCUUACUUUCCUGGAAGUUCAGCCCUCUUGUUGGCUGUUGCGAUGAUGGCUGGAGGUUGGGAUGCUGCAACAAACAGCAGUCAGCAGGACUUUGCACCGGGGUUUCCGGCCCAAUGGAAUGUUCGUGCUGAGGGAUUUGGGCAGAUGUUGUAGGACGAGGGUGUGACUACUGUACGGUCAACAAAUCGUAAAUUAAUAGUGGAC